AUGGCACUCUCACGACUCUCUUCCCGAUCCACCACCCUCCUCCACCCACUCGCCACCACCUCCCUCCUCCGCCGCCGCCACAUCUCCACAGACACCACCCCACUAACAGUCGAAACAUCCCUCCCAUUCACCUCCCACCUCAUCUCACCCCCCUCACGCUCCGUCUCCACUUCCUCCCAAGAGCUCCUCUCCUUCUUCCACGACAUGGCUUUAAUGCGUCGAAUGGAGAUCGCCGCAGACUCUCUCUACAAAGCAAAACUCAUCCGCGGCUUCUGCCACCUCUACGACGGCCAAGAAGCCGUCGCCAUCGGGAUGGAAGCCGCCAUAACCAAGAAAGACGCCAUCAUUACAUCGUACAGAGACCACUGCACGUUUCUUGGUCGCGGCGGGGGGCUUUACGAGGCGUUCUCGGAGCUUAUGGGGAGGAAGACGGGUUGCUCUAACGGGAAAGGAGGGUCUAUGCAUUUUUAUAAGAAGGAUGCGAGUUUCUACGGUGGGCAUGGGAUUGUUGGUGCUCAGGCUCCGUUGGGGUGUGGUUUGGCUUUUGCGCAGAAGUAUUUGAAGGAUGAGGCUGUGACUUUUACGUUGUAUGGUGAUGGUGCUGCGAAUCAGGGUCAGUUGUUUGAGGCUUUGAAUAUUGCUGCGCUUUGGGAUUUGCCUGCGGUUCUUGUUUGCGAGAAUAAUCAUUAUGGGAUGGGAACUGCUGAGUGGAGGUCGGCUAAGUCUCCAGCUUAUUUCAAGCGUGGUGACUAUGUUCCUGGAUUGAAGGUGGAUGGUAUGGAUGCACUGGCUGUGAAGCAAGCGUGCAAGUUUGCUAAAGAACACGCUCUCAAGAAUGGACCUAUUAUUCUUGAGAUGGAUACUUACCGAUACCAUGGUCACUCUAUGUCUGACCCAGGAAGCACUUACCGUACACGUGAUGAAAUCUCAGGCGUGAGGCAGGUGCGAGAUCCAAUUGAUAGAGUGAGAAAGUUGAUUAUUUCUCAUGACAUAGCUACGGAGAAAGAGCUUAAGGAUAUGGAGAAAGAAGUGAGGAAAGAAGUAGAUGAAGCGGUAGCUCAGGCCAAGGAGAGCCCGAUACCAGAACCAUCUGAGCUUUUCACAAAUAUAUACGUAAAAGGUUUUGGAUCUGAGUCAUUUGGAGCAGACAGAAAAGAAUUGAGAGCAACACUUCCAUAA